AGCUUCUUCAGAAAUAUAUGCAGUCCUGGUUACAUCAGAGUGAGAUCUGUUAGUCUAUUAUAAAGUAUACUUGACUAAGAUAUUCAUAAUGGAGACUUCAUUUCCCAGAAGACAAUGCAUCAAAGACUUUAUAAAAAUUGUCUCCUUGUAUUUCAUUUUAAUAUGCCUUGUAGCUUUAGUUGAUCCAACUGAAGACUAUUACAGUUUACUUGGAAUAUCCAAAGAAGCAACAAGUAGAGAAAUUAGGCAGGCUUUCAAAAAGUUGGCUCUAAAGUUGCAUCCUGACAAGAACCAGAACAAUCCAGAGGCACAUGAAAAUUUCUUGAAAAUAAACCGAGCAUAUGAAGUAUUAAAAGAUGAAGAUCUGAGAAAGAAGUAUGAUAAAUAUGGUGAGAAAGGUCUAGAAGAUCAUCAGGAGGGAGGUCGCUAUGAAAGCUGGCACUUUUACCGCUAUGAUUUUGGUAUCUAUGAUGAUGAUCCUGAAAUCAUAACAUUAGAUAGAGGAGAAUUUGAUGCUGCUAUUGGUUCUGGAGAACUGUGGUUUGUAAAUUUCUAUUCUCCUCGAUGUUCACAUUGCCAUGAUUUAGCACCCACGUGGAGAGAAUUUGCUAAAGAAAUGGAUGGAUUAAUACGCAUUGGAGCCGUCAACUGUGGUGAUAACAGAAUGCUUUGUCGGAGUAAGGGAAUCAAUAGCUACCCCAGCCUCUACGUCUUCAAAAGUGGAAUGAAUCCAGUGAAAUUUUAUGGUGACAGAUCAAAGGAGAGUUUAACGAAUUUUGCCAUGCAGUAUGUCACAAGCACAGUGACAGAACUAUGGGCAGGAAAUUUUGUUAAUGCUGUUGAAACUGCAUUUGCUUCUGAUAUUGGCUGGUUAAUUACCUUUUGCACUGAACAAGGAGAUUGUUUGACUUCUCGAACACGCCUUAAACUGGCUGGCAUGUUGGAAGGCCUGGUUAAAGUAGGCUGGAUGGACUGUGCCACCCAGGGUGAGCUUUGUGAUAGUUUGGAUAUCUCAUCUAGCACAACAACGUAUUUUCCACCUGGAGCCACAUUAACUAAUAAAGAGAAAGGAGGUGUUUUGUACGUGAACUCCUUAGAUGCAAGAGAAAUAUAUUUGGAAGUCAUGAAGCACCUUCCAGACUUUGAUACAAUCCUGGCAUCUACUUUACAGGAUCACGUGGCCCAUCAUCGAUGGUUAAUAUUCUUUCAGUUUGGCAAAAACAGCAAGUCAGAUGCCCAUGACCUUAAGAAGUUAAGUGUUCUCCUUAAAGCUGAAAAUAUUCAAGUUGGGAAGUUUGACUGUCUUACUGCUGCUAAUAUUUGUAACAGUCUGUAUGUUUAUGAACCGUGUGUAGUGGUCUUUAAAGGACGUGGAAUGGAUAACUAUGAAAUUCACCAUGGGAAAAAUAUUCUGUAUGAUUUAGUGGCCUUUGCCAAGGAGAGUGUGAAUUCCCACGUCAUUACACUUGGACCUCAAAAUUUUCCUGGCAAGGAGAAAGAACCAUGGCUCGUUGAUUUUUUUGCACCUUGGUGUCCUCCUUGUCGGGCUUUAUUGCCAGAACUGAGGAAAGCAUCAAAGCAUUUGUAUGGCCAACUAAAGUUUGGGACAUUGGAUUGUACGGUUCAUGAAGGAAUUUGCAAUUUGCACAACAUUAGAGCUUAUCCAACCACUGUGGUAUUCAAUCAGUCUCACACACAUGAGUAUGAAGGACAUCACUCAGCUGAACAGAUCUUGGAGUUUAUUGAGGAUCUUAUGAAUCCAUCAGUGAUGUCUCUAACACCAGAUACCUUCACUGAGCUAGUGAAGAAAAGGAAGAAUAACGAAAUCUGGAUGGUUGAUUUUUAUGCUCCGUGGUGUGGUCCUUGCCAAGCUUUAAUGCCAGAAUGGAAGAAAAUGGCAAGGUUGCUGAAUGGACUGAUUGUAGUUGGUAGUGUGGACUGCCAAAAACAUUUUUCCCUGUGUCAUCAAGAAAAUAUUCAAGGCUACCCUGAAAUAAGGCUGUUCCCACAAAAAUCAGCUUCAUCUUAUCAGUACUAUAGCUACAAUGGCUGGCAUCGAGAUGCCUAUUCAUUGCGAAAAUGGGCGCUUGGUUAUCUGCCUCAAGUGUCUCUGGAUCUGACACCUCAGAGCUUCAGUGAUAAAGUUCUGAAUGGGAAAGAGCAUUGGGUCAUCGACUUCUAUGCCCCUUGGUGUGGCCCUUGCCAAAAUUUUGCUCCAGAGUUUGAGAUACUAGCAAAGACUGUUAAAGGAAAAGUGAAAGCUGGCAAAGUUGACUGCCAAGCCUAUGCUCAUACGUGUCAAUCUGCUGGCAUCAGAGCCUAUCCCACAGUUAAAUUUUAUCCUUAUCAAGGAACAAAGAAAAAUAUUUUGGGAGAGCAGAUUGACAGCCAUGAAGCAAAAGUCAUUGCCGAACUACUGAUGGAGAAAGUGGAAAGCCUUAAAAAAAAGAAAAAAAAACAAUCUUCCAGAAAAAAGGUAGAUACUUUUUCAGAAACAUACUUUAAUGUUAUUAUCUUGUACCAUCAGUAUCUUUGA